CCACUUUUUCCAGACGCCCUUUAUCAAUAUGGCUACAAGCGCCAUGCCUUUUGGGAUUUGUAGUUCUAUGCCAUGAGAGGUGUAGUGUACGAAAGCGGUUGCGGGACUGCGUUGGCUACUGGGAGUUGUAGUUCUCUAAUCCUUUCUCGGUCCCCUCUUGUUUCCGGUGCCGUCACGGGACAGAGCAGUCGGUGACAGCUCCGAGGGCCCCCACCCCGCUCCCAUGGCCGAGCCGGACCCCUCUGACCCUCUGGAGACCCAGGCAGGGAAGGUGCAGGAGGCUCAGGAUUCAGACUCGGACACUGAGGGAGGAGCUUCUGGCGGAGCGGCAGAGAUGGACUUCCUGCGGAAUUUAUUCUCCCAGACCCUGGGCCUGGGCUCCCAGAAGGAGCGUCUGCUGGACGAGCUGAGCCUUGAAGGAGUGACCCGCUACAUGCAGAGCGAGCGCUGUCGCAGGGUCAUCUGUUUGGUGGGAGCCGGAAUCUCCACAUCUGCGGGUAUCCCUGACUUCCGCUCCCCAUCCACUGGCCUCUAUGCAAACCUGGAGAAGUACCGCCUUCCUUACCCGGAAGCCAUCUUUGAGAUCAGUUACUUCAAGAAACAUCCAGAACCCUUCUUUGCCCUUGCCAAGGAGCUCUACCCCGGGCAGUUCAAGCCAACCAUCUGCCACUACUUCAUCCGCCUGCUGAAGGAGAAAGGACUGCUGCUGCGCUGCUACACGCAGAACAUAGACACGCUGGAGCGAGUGGCGGGGCUGGAGCCCGAGGACCUGGUGGAGGCCCACGGUACCUUCUACACCUCCCACUGCGUCAGCUCCAGCUGCCGACAAGAAUACACGCUGAGCUGGAUGAAAGAGAAGAUCUUCUCAGAAGCAACCCCCAAGUGCGAAAAAUGUCAGAGUGUGGUGAAGCCUGAUAUCGUGUUCUUCGGUGAGAAUCUUCCGCCACGCUUCUUCUCCUGCAUGCAGUCAGACUUCUCGAAGGUGGACCUCCUCAUCAUCAUGGGCACCUCCCUGCAAGUGCAGCCCUUCGCCUCCCUCAUCAGCAAGGCACCACUAUCUACCCCACGCCUGCUCAUCAACAAGGAGAAGACGGGCCAGACAGAUCCCUUCCUGGGCAUGAUGAUGGGCUUGGGAGGCGGCAUGGAUUUUGAUUCCAAGAAAGCUUACAGGGAUGUGGCCUGGCUAGGUGACUGUGACCAAGGCUGCCUGGCCCUUGCUGACCUCCUCGGAUGGAAGAAGGAGCUGGAAGACCUUGUCCGGAGGGAGCAUGCCAGCAUAGAUGCUCAGUCAGGGUCCCAGGCCCCCAACCCCGGCACUAGCAGCUCCCCUAGAAAGUCCCCACCUCCAGCCAAGGAGGCGGCCAGGACCCAAGAGAGAGAGAAGCACCCCUGACCACUACCUCCUGAGCAGGACAGUGGAGCCCCAGCCAGCACUGGCCCCUCUAACAUGAGCUGCUGUGGGGCUCAGUAGAUCCUUCAUUCUCUUAACCAGGGUCCCCAACUCAAUCCCAGAAAAUUCUAAUGUACCUGAGGGCUGAGGGCUGCGCAGCCCAUCCCUAACAGCCCACAGCCUCUAACCACCGAGGGCAAGAAGAGACCUCCCCUAACUCCUAACAACUCCCAGAGAUCAGGUUACCCCCAAACUGCUAACUGUGCCAGAAGAAGGCAUUUCUCUAUUGUUCUCAGGGGGGCGUGUCUAAAUCAAAUUAACCUACCCCACAGAAGGGCUGGACUUCUGUGGUGAUGUAGAACUUCAUUCACCCAGGGGUUAGAGUCUGUGGGCUCUCCAAGCCUGAAGGCCCCCCAAUUCUCUGCCUCCAACAAACAAAGUGGGUGCUGGCCUCCCUUUCCUAGGGACCCUCUUGCCAGCCAGUGGGGGAUGAGCAGGAGACUUGCUUAUUGGAAACAAAUUAAAAACCAAAACAAAGCAACUAA